CCCCUCUCUCUCUCUCCCCCAUUUAUAUAUAAAAAUAUUCCUUCCACCGCCGCAAGCAUUGGAAAGAUGAAAACAAUCUCUCCAGUCCACCCUGCUGUCAUCAAUUUAUAAGAAGAAAGUGGUACUUUUUGGAUUAGUCAAAAAAUUAUCCUCCCCCUUCACACAUUCAAAUCCAAUCACCCAUCUCUCCAUUGUGGUAAUUUAUCUCUGCCCCUUUUCCCUUUUUUGUAUAUUACUAUUUUUGUUCUUCUUUCAUUCAAUUACAUUAGGGUUUAUCACUCUGCUUUUCUUUAAUUCAUUCUUUCUAUUUUUGAUCUGCGCAUAUGUGUGUGUUUCGUUUGUUAAAGUAGUGAUAAAUCAGUCAGCCCUAGUCUUUGUAUUGUUAAGAAUAUAUCAGAAGAGUAUAAAAAUAAUGGCUUUUGAUCAGAACUCAAUUCCCAUCAACCUAAGACCUUUAAAUACAGCAAGAACUCUUGUUGAUGAUUCUCGCAUUGCCCCUCCUGUUACCACUACCUCUGGUAGAAAUAUAGAGGGCUUUUAUGCUGCCAAUCCUUCGAGAGACCACCCCCACCCUGGUAGCCCUUCUGCGGUUCCGCUUUAUUAUCCUGCAACAGUUUCUGAUUCCGGGUAUGUAGGAUUAGGAUAUCCUGGGGUUGGUGGUGGUUGGGUGCAACGUAUGCCACACCCACCUGCUGCUGUUAUUGGGGCACCCGUUGUUACUUCUCCAGCUGUUGUUGCUUCUCCUGCUGUUGUUCCUACGGCUGGUUAUGGUAAUAGCCCCAAACUCGGGAAUAGGCUUGGCGGCACUAAUUUUGAUCAGGCUAGUGAUGACAGUAGAGAUGAUUCGGUCUCUGGGAAAAAGGUCAAGUUUCUAUGUAGCUUUGGAGGAAAGAUUAUGCCGAGACCUAAUGACGGGGCAUUGAGAUACGUUGGCGGUGAGACUAAGAUUAUUAGUGUAAGGAGAAAUCUUAGCUUUAAUGAGUUGGUUCAGAAAAUGACUGAUUCGUAUGGGCAAAAUGUUGUUAUAAAGUAUCAGUUGCCAGACGAGGAUCUUGAUGCGCUUGUAUCAGUAUCUUCUCCAGAUGAUAUGGAGAAUAUGUUGGAUGAAUACGAGAGACUGGUUGAAAGGUCUCCAGAUGGAUCAGCUAAGUUAAGGGUAUUUUUGUUUUCACCUACUGAGGGAGAUUCUCCUGCCACUGUUCAAACAGGAAUAUCUAAAGAUAAUGGUCAGAGAUAUAUUGAGGCAGUCAAUGGCAUUGUAGAUGGAACUACUGACGGUAUCACGAGAAGGGAGAGUAUGGCUAGUGCUACUUCUACGCAGAAUUCCGAUUUGAGUGGGACUGAGGCUGUUGAUAGCACUGGCCAUGGGCAAGUUGAUGUUGUUGGGAAUCUAUCUACUGGAGGGGUAUCACCUAAAACUAAUUUCAUUGCCACUCAAGAAGUUGCACCUAGACUGGUUUAUGUGGACCCUAACCCUCCAAUGCACAUUGAAGCUGCAACUGCUCCAAUAGGUGUUCAAAUGGUUAGUUCACAUCCUCCAGUUUUAUCCACUCAGCCUAUUUCUGUUGUACAGCCACCGCAACAGCUGGGCUUUCCACCACGUGCGCCUUAUUUCCAGGCCUAUGCAGAUCCUCAGCAAGAAGUGUUAAACCGCACGGAGUAUGUACAAUAUCCUUCUCAGAUGGGGUUUCCUGCUCAACUCUAUGGGACCGUUAGGCCUGUAUUCACACAACAACAAUAUCACAAUAAUGUUGCUAACAUCAACCCCCAUCAGCAGUAUAUUCCUGCAGUGCACAUGUCCAUGACUCCUUCCUCUUAUGCCAACCUCAGACCAACUGCUGUUCAGCCAAUUGUUCAACCCCAACAAGUUCAAGUGGAACUUUUUCCCGAGGAAAACAAGUAUGGGCAAAGAGUUAUGCAACUUCCUGGUGACCAAAGCUACAAUGCCUAUCAUGCACAAGUCUCCCAGUCCCCCAUAAUGCCAGGCGGUUUUGGUUGGCAUCAAGCUCCGCAGACAGAGCAAGUUCCCUUCUCUGAUGGUCUGGUACCUCAGCAACAGGCUGCUUUGGCUGAGAAACUGCCUAGAUUUGAGGAAUGCUUUAUGUGCCAGAAAGCUUUACCUCACGCACAUUCAGAUACAGUAGCACAAGGUCAGAGAGAUAGUCCUACAACUACAUCUGACUUCAUUCCAGGUUAUCACAGUCUACAAACAGAUAUUAAGAUAAGAAGCCAACCGAUAAGUACUGCUGCGCCAACUGGGCCCAUGGCUGAAAGCAUAGUUGAACAUCAAUUUACUGGGGCACCGCAGACUUCCUUGGGCCAUCUGGACCAUGAAGGUAGGAAGCCUGCACAUAUGGGAGUUGCACUACCCCAAUAUGUUGAUGAUAAAACUUCUUUGCAAAGAGAAAACAAUCAUAAUCAUCUUCAGACAUCUCUUCCUCAGUCUGUUGUGGGGGGGUCGCAGUCCCCCGAUAGUGGAUUGACGGGAACUGCUCCUCAGUUGUAUCAAGUAAAUAUCUCCCAGCAGCCUGUGCUAUUGAUGGAACACAAGGCUAAACAAGACGUAGUGUAUAACACAUCAGUCAGUGUAGCUUCUGCUAGGGAUGCCUCUUCUCAAGCUUCUGACCAUCUGGUUCAUGAAUCUCCUAAAGAGAAUUCUGGUAAGGUGCCUGAUUUUGUGUCCAAAGAAGGUACGCUAGAGUCCUCUCCCGUGUACGAUCAACUCAGACAAAUUGACAGUAGAUUGGAAAAUCUUGGCGUGCGCCCCUCAGAAGUUGUUAUUGAUAACGAACAAUUGAUUCCGCCUGCUGAUAGUUCCAAGGAUGAUAUCGUGGAUAGUAGAGCACAUCAGAUUUCUAAUACCGAACCCUACAUAGAUAAUGCUUUUAGCAAUCCUCAGAUGGUUCUUGAUGGAAAUUAUUACAAACAAAAUGAGAUGCAGUAUUGUCCAUCCGAUGAAGUGCCUAACUUGCACAAUGAAGUUCCUUCCUGUUAUGAAGUGGCACAACCUCCUCUAUUAGUUUCAUUUGCAGGGAAUGAAUCAGUCCAGGUAACAGGAGCCCCACCAAGUGGUGAAUCAAAAGAUAAUUCUUCACAAUUUAUUCCAGACACUGUUGGUCAUGUCGAAGCUAUCCCUAUUGAUGGGAAAAGUCAAUAUCAUAUACCACCAGCUAACAGGAUUGGAGAUGUGCAGGACAACUCAAACUCUCUUUUUAGUAGCCAAGAUCCUUGGAAUCUACGUCAUGAAACUCAUUUCCCACCACCUAGACCAAACAAAAUUCUAACAAGAAAAGAAGCCCAUAAUAGAGAUCCUUUUGGCGAGAAUCGAUUUGGCAAUAUUGGAGAAGCACCUUCAGGAAAUAAUUUGGGCUUUACAUCGGAGUUACUAUCAGAUGAUGGAGUUCAGACUGGUAAAGGUUCAGCGGAGGAGCAUAUUAAGCAGGAACUUCAGGCUGUUGCAGAGGGUGUUGCUGCUUCUGUUCUUCAUACAUCUAUACCCUCUGUAUCUGUUUCUGAAGCCAAUCAAGAUAGCUUAGUUCAUAAUAAUGAUGUAGAAUUUCUGCAUGCCAAUAAAGUGGAGGAAACAAAGUCAAAACUGCCGGAGAAGGCAAAUCUUGGAUUUCCUGUAUCAGAUGGAAUUGGUCGCUUGCAGAUAAUAAAAAACAGUGACCUCGAAGAGCUUCGGGAGCUAGGUUCCGGCACUUUUGGUACAGUUUACCAUGGUAAAUGGAGAGGCUCUGAUGUUGCAAUUAAAAGGAUUAAUGAUAGGUGUUUUUCUGGGAAGCCUUCAGAACAAGAACGCAUGAGAGAUGACUUUUGGAAUGAGGCAAUCAAGCUCGCGGACCUUCAUCAUCCAAAUGUAGUGGCAUUUUAUGGUGUAGUGCUUGAUGGUCCUGGUGGCUCGGUGGCAACUGUGACAGAAUACAUGGUCAACGGUUCUUUAAGAACUGCACUUCUAAAGAAUGAGAAGAACCUGGAUAAGCGGAAACGUCUAUUGAUUGCUAUGGAUGCUGCAUUUGGGAUGGAGUACUUGCAUGGAAAGAAUAUAGUACAUUUUGACUUAAAAAGUGACAAUCUGCUUGUCAAUCUUCGUGAUCCACACCGGCCAAUAUGCAAGGUUGGUGAUUUGGGGCUGUCCAAGGUAAAAUGCCAGACACUAAUCUCAGGUGGAGUACGAGGAACACUUCCUUGGAUGGCGCCAGAGCUUCUAAACGGUAGCAGUAGCCUUGUGUCCGAGAAGGUUGAUGUGUUCUCAUUUGGCAUUGUGUUAUGGGAACUUCUAACUGGAGAAGAGCCAUAUAAAGACCUGCAUUAUGGGGCCAUUAUCGGUGGCAUUGUAAGCAACAGUCUGCGACCGCAUGUACCAGACUUUUGCGACCAGGAAUGGAAAUCACUGAUGGAAAGAUGCUGGUCUGCAGAUCCUUCAGAAAGACCGAAUUUCACAGAGGUAGCAAACCAGCUUCGGACUAUGGCAGCGAAGGUUCCUCAAAAAGUACAAGCCCAGCAGCAACCUUCCUCUACUCAACCCCAAGUUAAAAGUUAAAUUAGUAUAAUCUACUUCCUUGCUGUUUUUUCACUAGGCGGACGUUACAUAGAUCCUAUCUAUCAGCAUGAUUAGUUUUACUUGCCCCGGCCCCCCGCGCUGACCAUGUCCCUUGGAAACAAGAAAUACAAAGCCAAAAAAAAAAAAGUGCAUUUGGUUGUGGAAUUUCCGGAUGUUAUAUUCUCUUGUAUCUGUUUAAUGGACCUUUAGUUGCUUAAAAUCUCUCCUCGCAGUCUCUGAUCCACUAGGGUACCAGCCUCCCCUGAGGUUUAGAACUUGAUAUUAAAGAUUAAAAUUGAUUUCAUUAGC